AUGGUCGCAGGACCACUCCGCACCCGCCUCGAGGCCCCAACACGCCCGCACCCUCGCAGACGCGCCACACCGCCCUCGGACCCGUCUCAUCUCCUCGAACACGCUCGCAAGGUCGCAACUCGCCAGAACAACCCCGACGACGACAUGAGCGCCGCCAACUUCUUCAUCCCCUCGCUCCCGGGCCAGCCAGACGACGUCCAGGUCACAAUGUACGGCGGCCACAUCCCCUCGGCCCCGCCCAAACUCGGCGUCAAGGACACGCACUCGGACGCCCACCUCUUCUUCUUCAUGGUCCGCAACAAGCACAUUGCCGACACGGAGCGCACCCUCCUCUGGUUCAACGGCGGGCCCGGCUGCUCAUCGUUCGACGGCGGCCUCAUGGAGGUCGGCCCGUUCCGCCUCGUGCCCAACGGCGACGGCAAGCUCGUCGAGGCAGAAGGCGCCUGGAACGAGUACGCCAACGUCAUCUUCAUUGAUCAGCCUGUCGGGACGGGUUACGCCUACAUGGCGACCGGAUCGUACGUCCACGAGCUCAAGGAGGUCGGUGCGCACAUGAUCGAGUUCCUCGCCAACUUCUACAAGGUCUUCCCCGAGUUCGUCAACCACGACACCUACCUCGCCGGCGAGUCGUACGCCGGGCAGUACAUCCCCUACAUUGCCGACGCCAUCCUGUCGUCCAAGCGCGUGCCGACCAACCUCAAGGGCCUCCUCAUCGGCAACGGGUGGAUCGACCCGGCGAACCAGUACCCGGCCUACCUCGACUUCGCGCUCCAGUCGGGCAUCGUCAAGAAGGGCUCGGCGGCCGAGACGGCCGUGCGCAAGGCCGUCGACGAGUGCGAGCAGCACUUGAAGCGCCAGAAGGUCGAGCGCAUUCACGAGGGCGUGUGCGAGAGGAUCUUGGGCGCCAUCACCGACUCGACGAUCCAGAACGUCAACGGCCAGAGCAUGUGCGUCAACAACUACGACGUGCGCCUCACCGACACGCACCCGGCGUGCGGCAUGAACUGGCCGCCCGACCUCGUCGACAUGCACCCGUACCUCUCUCGCCAGGACGUCAAGUCGGCCUUCCACGCGACGCGCAAGAGCGGGCCCUGGCUCGAGUGCGACGGCCAGGUCGGCGCCCAGUUCUACACGCCGAGGAGCCGCCCCGCCGUCAGGCUCCUGCCCGGCCUCCUCGAGCAGGUGCCCGUGCUCAUGUUUGCCGGCGCCGAGGACCUGAUCUGCAACCACGUCGGCAUCGAGCGCAUGAUCGACAACCUCGAGUGGAACGGCGAGACUGGGUUCGGCAACGCGACGCAGGAAGAGUGGCACGUCGAUGGACGGCAAGCUGGCACCUGGACGACGGCGAGGAACCUGACCUACGUCAAGAUCAACGACGCGUCGCACAUGGUCCCGUACGACCAGCCCGUCGCGGCACACGACAUGCUCCUGCGCUUCGUCGGCGUCUCGCUCCUCUCGGCGGCCGGCCCCGCCGCCCAGGUCCCGUCCCGCAUCGGCAACGAGAUCCCGGCCGUCCUCGGCUCGACGCACCCGAAUGGGACCGCGCUCAGCGACGGCGAGACGUACGCCUCGGGCAGCGAGCUCGACGCGCUCCCCGCCGCCGGCGCCGAGGACGGCUCGUCGUCGUCGAGCGGCGGCGGCAAGAGCACCGGCGGCCUCCUGUCGGGCAGCAGCGACGCAGCGCUCGAAGGACUCGUCAACGCGUCGAGCGCACUCGUCCUCGUCGCCCUCAUGGGCGCCGCGUUCGCCCUCUUCCUGUGCGUGCGACGCCGCGUGCGCAACGGCGCCGGCGGGAGCAGGCUCGCGCGCGUCGCGGGCGGCGACGGGUGGGCCGCGAUCGGGUCGUCGGCGCUCGGCAUGGGCGGCGGCGGCGGCGGCGCGAGAGCGGGCAAGCACGAGCGGGUGGGCAGCAGGGCGUCGGCGAGGGGCGAGCGCGGCGGGGUGCGCGACGGCGUGGGCGUCGGCGAAGGCGGCGACGAGGACCCGCACGAGCUCGACGAGCUCAUGAGCCGGAGAGGAGGCGGUGCGCCGGGCUACCGCGACGAGACGACCGAGGAGGAGGGCGACGUCGACGGGAGGAGAACCGGUUCGAGGGGCGCGCUCGGGCGGCGAGACGAGGAGGAGAAGGUGUUUGGGCUUGGCGACGACGACGACGACGACGAUGUCGACCUCGACGAGCCGAGGCUGGGCGGAGCGGGCGCGCCGAGGCGGCAUCACUGAGCGUCGAGCGCUGCGUCGAGGAGGAGCGGGUUCCCAACGUCGUCCUUUUCUCUCCCUUUGGCUGUACGACUCUUGGGUUUGGGUGUGGCAUUGCAUAGUCUGUUGGCGCUGU